AUUCGCUUUGACCUUGAUUUGACCUUUGUUGUUUUGUUUUUGUUUAGUUAAUGUUGAUCAAAUAAGAAAAAACUUUUGAAAAUGAAAAUUUUAUUCUAUUCAAUGGAAGGAAUUGGUCAUGUUCAAGCAUGUCUUGGCCUGGCUAAUUGCCUACGAAAACAUCGUAAUCAUCAAAUAACAUUUAUGAUUGGUUCUGAAUAUCAGGGAAAAUUCCGUCGAUAUGGACAUGAUGAAAUUAUCCUCAAGGAUGAUGGUGAAGAUCCAAAAAUGUUUGAAAAACAAUCAUCGAAUGAAAUCAAUGAUGAUAAUGAUGAACAUCCAGUUCUGCCAUUGAUUGUUUCCAGGCUACAAAAAUCAAUUGUUUUACAACAUCGAACACCAAAAGAAAAACUUCAACUGCGUGAUAAUGCAAUGUUUAAAAGAAUUUAUGAAAAAAUGAAACGUUUAAACAAUCAAAUUGAUCAAUUAAUUACGAAAUUUGAUCCCGAUUUAAUAAUUAUCGAUCAUUUUAUUAUUCCACCUUGUAUUGCAUUCCAUCCACGAAUACCAUGGAUAUUUUUAUUUAGUGGUUGUCCAGAUUUUCUUUACAAUUCUACAGAAUUACCACCAUUAAUGUCGGGUCUACCAAGUAAUGAUCGUAGUGAAUGGCCUGAAUAUCGACAAUUAUUUUAUGAAAAAUAUCAAAAACCAUUACAAGAUUUACAAAAUGAAUUGAAUAAAGAUUUUGGUUAUGAUCCAUAUCCUUCGACGAUAUUUUUCAAUAAAUCACCAUAUCUAAAUAUUUAUGGUUAUCCAAAAGAAUUAGAUUUUGAUGAUCGAGUGGAAAAACCCGAAAAUUUUCUUCAAAUGGAUUCAUUUUUCGAUUAUGAUCCUAAUGAUUAUUCAAAUUAUGAAUUUCCGGAAGAAUUUCGUCAAAAAUUGCAAACUGGUGACCGAAUAAUUUACAUUUCACUUGGAUCAUGUGGACCAAUCGAUUUGGAAUUGAUGAAAAAAAUUAUAAAAUCAUUACGCCAAACACCAUAUAAAUAUAUUAUAUCAAAAGGACCAUUACAUAAUGAAUUAGAAUUACCUUCGGAAAAUAUGUGGGGAAAAUCAUGGUUAAAUCAACAGAAAAUAUUACCUAAAGUUGAUUUAGUUAUAUUUCAUGGUGGUAAUAAUACAUUAGCUGAAUGUAUUAUGCACGCUAAACCAAUGAUAGUAAUGCCAUUAUUUUUUGAUCAAUAUAGUAAUGCACAACGUAUCGAAGAAAAACAAUUCGGUAUACGAAUGGAUCCAUAUCAAUUUACCAAGCAAGAAUUGAUAAACAACAUUGAAAAAUUAUUAUUUAAUGAAAAAAUUAUUCGAGAAAAUCUACAAAAAGCAUCCGAACGUAUACGACAAACAAAUAGUGUACAAUUAGCAUGUAUUCAAUUGGAAAAAUUGGUUGAAGAAACGAAGAAAAAAUUUACGGAAAUAAAAUGAUGAUGAUGAUAAUGACAUGUGAAGUCAUAACAUAUCAUCAUGAUCAUCACCAAAAAUCAACAAC